AUAUUGCUGGCGACAGUCUCAGCUCAGACGUGAUAUAGUAUGCUCGCUCGAUCUUGCCCGUUGCGGUUGAAUUGUGGGUUGCGUGUGGUGUUGCCAAACCAACUCUAGCUAAGCUGCAGCAAAUAACUAAAUAGUAACAACAAUUCAUGCAAUUAAAACUUAAAAUACAUUACAACAACAAAACGAACAAACGAACGUUAUAAAAUAUAAAAAAAAUAAUAUUAUCUGAUAUAAUAACGGUGUUUUAAAAAAAAAUUGACGAGUUUUCGAAAAAUAAAAUAAAAUAAAAAAAUAAAAACAAAAUCAACAACAGUGUUGUGUGCAGCUAUUCGUGCAUUAUCGCUUUUAACGUAACAAGUGAACAAAUAUUGCACAACGCCAGGCGGCCAAUUGCAGUUAUCGUCGAUCACAAGCGCAAUUAAAUAGCUCAUCUCGUGGAUUGCGAAGUGUAAGAUGAUUGCAAAUGUGUACAAAAUAAUGAAGUAAGAAAUAUAUAAAAAAUCGAAAAGUGUGAAAUAAAUGUAAACAAAUCAUUCGAAAGUCUUUUUCAGAAAAAAAGAUAAAAUAAUAAUUGCAUUUGCGAAAUAAAAUUGCGAAAAAAAGUUAUAAAAUUAAAUUAAAUAAAAAUUGAAAUAUUUAUAAUUAAACGAAACGAAAUUAAAAAUAAAAAUAAAUAAAUAAAAAAAAUAAUAAAAAAUAAAAAAAAAGUUAAUUAAAAAAAUUGUGUUUUUAUUGCAUAAUUAUUGUAAAAACUGAUGUUGAAUAUUUUCAAUUAAAAAAAAAACAAAAGUGCUUCAAAUAAUAUUUUUGUUCUAUGGAUUAACGACAGCGCUAGUUUUAUAAUAAUCAAUAAAUAUCUUUAGUUUAUAUUUGAAAUAUUCUGAAGCGCAAUUGUGUGUUGUUGUAAACAAAUAAGCGCAGAUAUACUGGUCUCCGUGCAAUUUCUGUGCAAAGUGAAACAUUUUUUUUGACAACAACAACAACAAUAUUAUAAUAACAUACAUACACAAGUGCUAGUGUCAGUUUGUUGACUUGUAUGCAGGUGUUUGCGUGUGUGUGUUUACCGAACUAAUUACUAAAAGCCACUAAAGCGUUCAAGUAGAGAAGGCGUUACUUGGCGCUUCGAGCAAAACAAAGUGAAACGAGGAGACGAGGAGAAAGACGCAGCAUAAUCAGCUUACAAGAGCGCCCGACGACAUUUGGCCACACGAGCAAUAACGACCCACUACAAAGCGGCAAUUGAACGCUGUCAAAAUGACCAAUAAGUUGUAAUGAUGACAUGACAAGGUGCACCAUUGCUAACAGAGACCAAAAAACUAAAAAAAAGUCAAAUUGACUGCAGUUAAAUAAGGAAAAAAUUCAGAAAACAAAGCAGUCGACACUGUAAUGACCCGACUUGCAUACGAAUAUGCGCCGAUGAGAUGAGUGAGAGUGAAGUGUAAUUGAGCGCAGCAAUAGAUGAAUAGACAGUUGCCGGUGAUUACGCAUAAACGAGUGGCGACAAAAACACGAGUGGGCUACUAAGAAGUGCGCGCGAAAACGACUGCAGAUUAGAAAAAAGUAGGAAACGGAUGCGCUGGCCCCAAAAGCACGCAACUGAAAGGGUAAACGAACGACAAACACAAAACAAAAUAACAAAUAAACGAAAACAAAAACGACAAAAAAACCAGAGGCAAAAACUCAGCCGCACAAUCUUGCCAGUAACCAGUACCUAGUACCUAGAUAGCUACACUUUCGCGUGCGUCGACCGGGCGAAAUUCGCAUUUAGUACCUUCCGCCCAAUCAACCGAACGAGUUGGCAGAUUGCGUGCCACCCAGCCAUUUCGCGCAAGCGCUGCUAUUGAGCCAGCAACAAGCGGUAAUUACGACGACUACACGCGCUCGGUGCGAAAGUGGCGAUUUUGUGUUGUGUUUGUGCGCAUGCGCAGUGUCAAAUAAAUCGCAACACUAAAACGAAAAUACGCGCAAAAGUGGCAGCAACAGCAACAAUUACAACAAAAACAUCAAUAAGAAAACAAUCAAAUUUAUAAUGGCUGUGCAGAAUCAGAACUUGCCACCAAAAUCACCGUAUUCAGCCACAAAAACAGCAAGCGCAACAACAAAAACAACAAAUUCGAACGCCACACAACCGUUGGCGAAAACACGCACGAAAUUCGGUCAAGCCGCAACAGCAGCAGCAACAACAACUGGAGCCACCAACGAAUUGGGUUAUAAUACACAAAUAACGGGUGGUGCGGGCGGCGCUGCUUCUACGAUGAUGCCAUCGCCAGCGGGAGCAACGACGCCGGCGGCAGUCCCGAAUGGUGGUCCGCGCGUGUCAUUCAAUCGGGAUGUGCAUGUUAAACGAAUCGGAAAACAUCCAAACGAAUUAACGAAUUACGAAACAACUAAUUUGCAACCACCACAAAAGACCGUACCAUCAUAUCACCAACUGCCCGCCGACCUCUCCGCAGAGAGCAUACGCAAAGAAGCCGCUUUGGUACUAGCACAAGCCGAGCGUCACAAGAGCAAAGCCGAGAACGGCGAUAAUAUACCCACAUUUAAGGUACGCACCAAACGUAGCGGUGAACCGAACCCAAAGAAGUUCCAUUCAUUGCCCACACGCAAAAAGAAGUCGCCCGCCAAACCGGUUUCGCGCAGUGUAAGUGACGCAGCCGCCAAGAAGAAUACAAAGCGCCCAUCGAUUUUCAAUAUCUUUAGUCGACGUAGCGACACGAACGUGAAUCAGGUGGACCGCGAUCCACGUUUUGAAGACAGCGGCGGUCGACGUUUAGUACGCAGCAAAAGUGAUGUUGGCUCAUAUAACAAGGAAGAGCGUAAAUACAAGAAAUCUUUAAAGGAACCAAAAGCGACUGCUACUCCCGGUGGACUGCAAACACUAAAUAGUUCAAGCAAGCAACAGUUGAUCAAUACACCACUGAGUCCUAUAAUUGAGAACGCACAAAAGGAGGAUUAUUUUGCAGAGCAAUUCAAUAGGGAGCGACGCAAAUCGGAGGCGAUAACCGAGCGUGAAAAGCAUGAGAGUGGUCUGAGUGAGCUGCUCGAACGCAGUCGCUUACAAGCUGAAGAGGACGGUAAUAUUUUAGGCAAAGGCCAUAUUUCACACGCGAUACGUGAUAAAAUAAUCAGCCUCCAGUCGAAAUCACAAGAGAAUAUGCAUAGCUCACAGUUACCGGCACAGAAGUUGCCGCUUACCAAAGGUGUCACCGUGAAUGGCCUAGCGAAGCGUUUGUCUAUGGAACGCUUCUCGCCACCGCCGCCGCUAUCCGGUCCAGCCUUCUCAUAUAUACGCCCCAACGAAGGUAUCAUGUAUGCGCAGUUGGAACACAAUGACGAUGAAAAUCGCUAUCGUCGCGAGUACAUACACUCACCCAACAGGGAGUUACGUACACCCUUACGUGAAUACCGUUCACCAGCACGCGAUAUACGUGAGAUGCGCUCACCGGAACGUGAGCUACCACCAUCUACAAUGACACUGGGCCGCCAGUCAGUCGAUCGCACUGACUUCACUACUAGUCAAAACAACAUAAAGAACGCCUACAACUACAAUACGCACAAUGGACGUAUCGGAAACGGUAACGGCAGUCGCGUUAUUAUUGAGCAAUCGACAACGCGUGGUUCACCAGGGACAUAUGGUUCGCCUAACGGCCAAGUAGGUCCUACUACCAUACGCAUCACAAACUCGCACUCGCCAUCGCCGUGGCAGCAACUCAGUCCACGUAAUUUGAGCGAUGAGGACGAGGGUUUGGGUGUUGAAACACGUAAGUACUACGAAGAUGAGUCACCAGCGUUGACACAAUCACGCAGCAGCAAGUCUCCCGCUGAGCCGCCAAUUGUACCAGUCAUACGUAGCAUUACGCCAACAAUCGAAAACGGCUAUGACACGCGUGGCUAUCAAUCGCCAACUCGAGAUGAGCCGAUGAAUGACAUUGGUUACAGACGUGCACGUCUUGAGUCGCGCAUACUAACACGACGUUUCGGUGAGCCGACGACAUUGGAACGCAACGGUUACCACCGUGAAGUGGAAAACUCACCGGAACGUUUCGAACGCAAUGGAUAUCAACGUGAAGCGGGCGCAUCACCCGAACGUAAUAGGGAAGUACGCGAGCAGUCCGCAUAUCAGCGCUACCUCAGUCCCGAACGCGAGCGAGAGUCAUAUGAACCGCGCUUUCAUAAAAUGGAAACGUCCGAAAUACUAAAUAAAUAUUCACCAGAACGCUCACAUCUGGAUAUUAUUGCACCAACAACCGUGCCAAUUACAACACCAAUGAUGGAGAAAACGUCGCGGUAUAAGCACACGAAAUACUAUGACGACGGACGUGGCGGGGUAAAGGAAGUAUAUGAACGGGAGACGCACUUGGACGCUGACGGUAAACCACAUGUGCGCGAGACACGACAUCGCGAACGCAUGGACGGCUCCUUGGAACGUCAGCAACUGCAGGACUAUGAGCCGAAAAGCUUAGACUCACAACUAACGAGCACGGAUCAAUAUCGCUCCUCACCUGAGAAUAUGAAACGUUAUGAAAUGAGCACAGCACACACACAGGAUUGGCAUGGCAGCAGUUUGAAGCGCGACAAGCUACAACAGCGUAGCUUCGACAAGGGUGACUCCGGUAUUGAGAAUGACUUUCGCAAGGAAUCCUUCAAUGGCGAGCUCACAUCCAGAUGGCGCAAACGCACCAUUGCCGACGACAUAAAAGCAUGCGAGGCGUUCCUGCGCAAGGAGCGUCGCCACAUCGAACAGCUGCAUGUGGCGCGACGCAGAGAUAGUUACGUCUACCGUGAACGCUCCAUCGACGAUGGCUCACAUUACGACCCACACUUAGACAAGUACCCUGCGGCAACGAGCACGCUGCGACGCAAGGAUCAGCAGUCACAGACGGCCGGCACUGAAACGCUGAAGCGCAACAAAAAGCUCGGCGGUUUCGAGAAGGUGAAACAGCUCUUCACCGGCGGCAGUGGCGGCGGUGGCGGUAGCGGCAGCGGUAGCGAGGGUGGCAAGUCGGGCAAAAAGGAUGGCGACCGGCAAGCGCGUGGCAACAGCAGCACCGCCACCAGCAGCAGCGUGCAGACCACAAGAACGGGCACAGCCAAAGACAAAGACAGCAGCGGCGGUGAGAAGGAACGCGAACGUUACAUGGUGAAGGAGGCGGAGAUGCGUUCGCGUUACAGUGAGCAUCGCGGAAGUGGUGGCGCCACAGCGUUAGCAGCAAUGCUGCACGAAGACGCGUUGCGCGAACCAAAGGCCACCGAUAUCUCGAUGCGUCGACGUUUGUCUACACCCAAAGCUAGUCCAUUGCUGCUUAAGCGUACCUCAUCCGACAAGCCGAAGAAGGAGUCACCACUGGCAAAGCCCGAAAAGGUCAGCUGGUUCAAGUCACUGGAUAGGCGUGCGAAGAGCAAAUCAAAAGAAAAGCUUGAUGUUUCGGUUAACGGCCAGAGCGAGUCCUCAACAAUGAAACGUACUAAAAACUCGGCACGCACUACCACAGCGCCACCACCGAUACCACCCAAAAAUUUGCGUUUCUUUGGCGAUACGGAUAUAGACUCGAAUCCGCCGACUAUAACCAAAGCCAAUACUACACUCAAACAACGCCCCUCAAUAGCAUCCACAUUGAAUCGUUCGCAAAAAUACUCACAGAGCGCUUAUCACUUGGACCGCCUCAAUGCGAAUCCGACACAAAGCGACUACCGCCGCAACCUCUCUGCCGCCACACAAACCACGAGCGGUGUUGGCGGUUCGCGCCACAAAAGCUCUUCGAUGCAUAACUUGGAGAAUGGUGGUGAGGUGGGUGGCGAUGAAGUCGAUUUUCGCAAACGUCGACACUACUCGCGCUCACGUGAUCUGGAUGACAUAUCUGAGAGUGGCUCCGAAACCGAAGAUCAACACAAACGUCCAAACGGUGGCGUAGGUGGUGCGCGCACCUUAUCACGUGAGCGCUUGGAUCGUUCGCAUCGGUAUGAUGAUCACACUUAUCGACGUAGCAACGAUCGCCACGGCACGCCGUCGGCAAUGUCCACUUCAACGCCGAAUGGCAUUGAUGCGGGUGGCAAUGAUAGAGAAGUCAGACGAACUCAUCAUCACCACUUGAUGGGACCACCAAAACCGGCACGUAGUGCUGAACGCCGUGGCACAUCUGCUUACUCGAGAGAACGUGAUCGCUUUCCGGCCGAGAGUUCAGGUACUGAAGGCGAGUCCAGUUUACACAGUCAGCGCAGCGUUGUCUAUUUGCAUGCCACAACAGUCGGUGCCAUACCACAGCCAUAUCACUUGAGACGUCGUUCGAUAUCACGUGACGAUCUGCGCUCGAACAAGAGCAAACCUCAGCCGUUACAGCCGAUGACGCGCACCGUCUCACGCUCGGUGUCGAUGUUGGCGCCAUGGAAACCGAAGCUCAUUAGCGAGGGUUACGAAAUCAAUUACUCGCAAGAGCAAAAUAAACGAAUGGCAACAAUGCCCCGAAAGCCACACAUGAGCAGCACGAGCACGCUCACACGUACCAGUAAAAAAUCAGAGACGCCCACUACGCGCACACUACGGCGACACGAUCAUCUCAAGGACGAUCAGUCUUCAUUGCGACACUCAUCCACCACAAGCGCCUCGAAGUCGGCGCUUUCGUCAAACAUACGCAGCGGCGAUGGACGACGAAAGCUCAAAUAAAGCACAUCAAUGUGCGGCGUAGUUGAGGAGCGACUCACAUGUGUCGCUUGGUGAAGAGCGAUAGUACGAGCGCGAGGGCGUAUUAUUAACCAAACUAGAAUUAUUUAACUGCAGGAAAUAUUUUAGCUUUGAGUUGAAAUGUUGCGAAACGUUCAAUUGAAAUAAUCCACGCACACACACACACACACACACAUAAUGAAAUGUUCUUGCAAUGUAAGAGAGAGCGCUUAAAAGCUUUCCGUUGUGUGCCGUACGUAGCAAUUGGUGCUCUUCGUUUAACAAAAGCGCGCAUGUCAAAGAGCUUAAGCGAGAAGCGCGCAUAAUUCUAAUAUUUUUAGUUGUUUUAAGUGACUUCUUCUUCUAAAAACCCUAAUCAUCAUUAUGCUUAACAAUGAAAGCUUAUUACAUAGCUUUUAAGCACAAAUAUGUAAAUGAGUGCGCACACAAGUUAAUCUAUGCAAUAUAUACGAUACAGUGGCCAAUAAAUCACACACACAUACAUACAUGCAUACAGAUAGACGAGUAAUUGCAGAGUUGCAUAUUAUAAA